GUCUUCAUCCUUGGGUCCUGGUCAUCUUCUCUCAGCGGUCCUGGCUUCUCCAAUUCUGUCACCAGGUACGGCAAGUGGGCAAGAUAUAUCAAUAGAGAAUGACGAGCUUAGCCAGCGCGUCCAACACCAAAUUUGCAACCCCUACAUCAACAGCCGUGUCUAUCCCAGGAUAUUCCGGGGCAUACAACAGGGGACCCGAGACGACCACAUUCUCUCCACCGAUAACAUGUCGUCAAUCAGCCACGAUGUACACCGCCGAUGAUGGCGCAGGAGCAGCGGCGGGGACCAUCUAUUAUGGACAUUGGUGGUCAGGAGACAUGGCUUGCUACCCAACUGGGACCAUUCCUGCAACAUCGUACACGCAUUUCCAGUUCUGGUAUUCAUACUACUACAGCCCCGGCUACUACUGUCCGAGCAGCUGGCACACCGCAGCAACACUGGCUGAUGGAUGGGCGGGCGAGACCCUGACUGGAAGUCGCAAUGGGGUGUUGUGUUGUCCCAGCGGCCUGACACUCUACAACAACUGGACACAUGCGUGCGCAACCUCCGUCUCUCCAGGGGACGUUAUCACACUGGUGACCAACUUUGUCGCAGUAGAAACCACGAUAUCAGUCUCUUCGGUCCUCUUCCAAGAUGGCAUUCCGCUUAUUCGCGACGAGUUCAUCACAGCGACCAACAACCCGUCAACCACCAUCACACCCGCCCCAACUCCAAGCUCGACCAUGCCCCAAGCGACGGGUGACACAACCAUCCCAGCUGCAACACAAAGCUCACCACAUGCAGGAGACAAGAUAUCAGCUGAGCUCUCGACUGUCGCUAAAGCUGGAAUCGGAGUCGGGAUAGGUCUCGCGGUGGUUCUUCUCGUGGGAGCAGGACUGUUCUUUUUCAUGCGCGCUCGCCGGCGUAAACGACAAACUUCGCCUCCCAGUCCAUGCUCGGAUCAGACAGCCUUCAUCCAAGAACUCCAUUCUAAACCCUACCAGAGACCAGUUGAGCUUCCCGCUCGCCCGUAUGUUAGUGAACUCGAAAGUCGUGCCCACGUUAGUGAGUUACCUGGGUGAUGCUUGAAGUUCGUGAGAAGCCAACAUCGCGGAGAAUGGCGCAUUUUCCUCGAGAAUCAACAAAUAACAUGGAC